UUUUCUAUAAAAAUGUGUUGUACGCACUAGAUCAAAAUAUCUCAAAUAAAUUACAAUCCAAAGUUAAUAUUUUUAGGCAAUAUCAUGGCACUGGAAGAUGCAAGACGUGGUGAUUACACAGUAAGUUUCAUCAGAAAAUCUAUAGUAAAAGCCAGUGGUCCAAUUCCAGAGCACCAUAUUCUCACACUUUCAAAUCUCGACCUCCUCUCUGGACGCUUUCCAGUGACAUAUUUUUACGUCUAUCGCGAAGCAAAACCUAACGACUCAUCAGCUUCAAUCGCGGAUGAAUUAAAAAAGUCCCUUGCUAAUUGCCUAUCACAUUUCUAUCCAUUUGCUGGUCGAAUUAUUCCAAAUCCAGAAACAAAUGAGCCUGAAAUUGUAUGUGAUAAUACUGGUGCUUUGUUUCUGGAAGCACAAGCCAGCAUUUCACUAACAGAACUUGACUUGUAUUAUCUCAACAAGUGUCUGGAGGGGAAAUUAGUUCCAAUAAAUCAGGAGUUUCCGGUACAAGUCCAACUCACAAAUUACAAAUGUGGAGGCAUAUUUAUAACAUUCACAUUUGACCAUGCGUUAGGCGAUGCUAGUUCCUUUAGUAAGUUUCUACUAAUGUGGUCCGAGAUAGCGAGAAAAAAACGGCUCUCUUUCUCGCCGGAUCACAGGCGUUAUCUUCUUCGUGGUCGGGACCCGCCUAUUUACAACCCUUCCUUUGACCAAUCGUUCAUUUCAUGCUCCCUACAUGAUAUACACAACAUAUUGACCCCGAGGAAAUUGCUUAAGCGCCUAUACUACAUUGAUGCAUCGAGCAUCGAUAGGCUGCAAAAAUUGGCAUCAAUUGAUGGUACCAAAAGGACAAAAAUCGAGGCGUUUUCAGCUUAUAUCUGGAAGAUUAUGGUCAAAGCAAUUGAUAAAGACCACCACAACAAGUGCAAGAUGGGAUGGCUAGUAGAUGGAAGAACAAGGAUAUGCAAUAAAAAUGAGAAAGUAACGGAGAACUAUAUCGGAAAUGCCUUAUCUAUAGCCGUUGGAGAAGCAAAUGUGAAUGAAAUUGAGCACGCGUCUAUAUCUGACGUCGCGAAUAACGUGCACAAUGCUAUAUCUAAAGUGACAAGUGCAGAACAUUUCUUGGAUUUAAUUGAUUGGAUUGAAUGGAACAAGCCUGGGUUGAUGCUCUCAAAGGUUGUCCUCGGACAAGGUGGUCCGACUAUUGUGGUUUCAUCAGGACGGAGAUUCCCGGUGGCUGAAGUGGAUUUUGGAUUUGGAACUCCAGUUCUAGGAACAGUGUACUCUACAAUAAAAAAGAUUGGAGUUGGUUACAUUAACCAAAGGCCAGGUGCUAAGGGUGAUGGAUCUUGGACUAUUUCAGCUAUAUUGUGGCCUGAGAUGAUUGAGGCAUUAGAAUCAGAUACAGAACAUGUUUUUCAACCUAUGACUUCAGACCAUCUUAAAAUUAUCUAGCCCUCUGGUGUAUUCAGAGAGGAAACUGUUGACAUUCCUAAUUUAGAAGCAUCUUUCCAAAUUAAGGAUUUCUAUUUUCAGAUUCUAUGUACUCCCUCGGUUUCAUUUUAGUUGACCCAUGUUGUUAUUCCUAAUUACUCCUCUUCUUAUCUAAAGCACACGACUACUCUAUACAUACACCUUCCACUUUUUUCCUCUACCGGAUGCCAUAUGCAUACAACCCUAGUUUUUAUUACAACCGCAGUUUUUUAUUUUGAAAACAUAUGCGCCCUACUCACUCACUUCCUGCCAUCUUCUUCUUCUUCUCUACCUUUCAUUAUUUUUUGAAAAAUGCCGAAAUCUGACAAGUUUUAUGUUGUAUUUCGUGGUAAGACACCCGGUAUAUACCAGACACGGGUCGAUUGUGCAUAUAUGGCUAAUGGGGUUUGUGUAAGCUUGUACAAGUCGUACAAAUCAAUGAGGAAGCCCUUGAAGCUUACAACAACUUCCACACCAAUUAUUGAAGUAAAGAGCAGGCUGCGACAAUUAAUGUUGAUGAAAGUAGAUAAGGUGACUCAACCGUAGUUUAAUUGCUUUUAUAGCUGGAAUAAUUGUUGGGGCAUCUUGUAUGAAGAAGAUAAAUGAAUGAAAGAUCAUUUUUUUGUUGUUUGUU